AUGUCAGAAGGGCGAUCCAAAAUUUGCUCUGUCUGCAGAACAAAUUGUUCAGGCAAAAGAGACCCCACAAAGUUUAUUCCUAAAAACCAACUUGUCAGCCACUUAAAUUCUGAUUAUAAUUUUCUUUCCGGUUUGGAAAAGGUUAUAGAAAAGAAGGAGAAAGAUGAAACUACCUCUAUUCACCGUGCAGAUCGAAAUCGGGCACAGCUAAAACGGACGAUCGAAAAGACAGGAAUUAACAUUCAUCUAGCACCUGCUUCAACAAAAAAAAGAAAGGAUAAUAAAACGCAUUUUGAUAGAAAAAGAAGGCAUGUAGUUUGGACCAUCGAAUGGCAACUCCAUGAUACUUCCAUUCAGGGAUCUCCAAUUGCUGUUUGCUUGACGCAUCAUAAUAGUGAGAUGAACUCUAUUGAUAAACUAUGGGAUAGUUUCCUUCAAGAACAAAAAGAUAAAUUAUCUGUGGAUCUCUCAAAGUUUCAGCUGGAAAACCAUCCGCAAUGGGUCAUGAAGGCGAGGCGAUCGGUUUCUCGCGGUGAUGUUUACAAAAGAAUACCACCUUUCAUACCAUUAUCAUCUGUAUUGCAACAAAUAGAGAUUUUUGAGUUUCCAACGGUUCAUGUUCUUCCUAGUGAUGCUUCUGUCAUCACACUUUCUGAUUACGAAACAUCUUCUGAAGAAGAAGAAGAAGAAGAGGAGGAAGGUAGUGAAAGCUCAGAUAGUGAGUCUUCUUCCGAUAACAACGACAAAGAAAGUAAUGGUGAAACAUCAGAUUCAGCUUCUUCAGAUGGAGAAUCUUCAAGAAGCCCCAAGCAAACGCCAAUUCCCACUUUGGAUGAUUCAUCAAAUAAAGAGAAAAAAAAAGACUCACAAAGUAAUGCACCAGAUGCUCGUUCUGCUGAUGUACUUGAUUCAAAUAAAGCGGAAUUAAAUAUAAUUGAAGACUCGUUGAGUCUUCCUCCUCUAUUCGGUUCAUUUUUCCAAAAGAAAGAUUGA